AUGCGGCCGCUGCUGCCACCUCAGCUUUCCUCCCGGGCAGCACGCUGCGGCAAAACCUCACGUCGCCUAGCGAUGGCGCGGAGCGGGGACACGGAUUGUGCCGGCCUGUCGGAGACUUCCGCUUCCGGGGCCACGGCCAUCGCUCUCCCGGGCUUCGAGGGCUAGCCUGGCGACGUGCAGUGUCACACCUUGGUCCUCAGGGCCCCUAAAUCUCGGUCUCCCUCGCUUCGCAGCCUGCCACCUUCGCUUGGCUGUCCGCCUCCUCAGCCAGCCAUGCUGGAGCAUUUGAGCUCGCUGCCCACGCAGAUGGAUUACAAGGGCCAGAAGCUAGCUGAACAGAUGUUUCAGGGAAUUAUUCUUUUUUCUGCAAUAGUUGGAUUUAUCUACGGGUACGUGGCUGAACAGUUCGGGUGGACUGUCUAUAUAGUUAUGGCCGGAUUUGCUUUUUCAUGUUUGCUGACACUUCCUCCAUGGCCCAUCUAUCGCCGACAUCCUCUCAAGUGGUUACCUGUUCAAGACUCCAGCACAGAAGACAAGAAACCAGGCGAAAGAAAAAUUAAGAGGCAUGCUAAAAAUAAUUGAGGUUUUCAUUAUUCAGCACCUGGUUUUUGUUUCCUGUGAGAUGAGCUAAAUUGCUUUCAUACCCCAAAUAUGAGCUAAAACCACCUAAUAAUGCUCUUAUGGCACAGCUGUGUAUAGAUUUAGUUCUCUUUAUAUUUCAUUUCUAGCCCAGUUGGGUUUUGAUUUAUGUAAGUAGUUUAGAUCUUCUCUUCAUAAUCUUGCUCUGAAAUGAGGAAGAGAACCCAAGUCUGCAGUUUCAGGUAUAAAUAAUGAAGAAUAAAUGCCUCAUAAAUGAUAGUACAAUGUAUCAAAGUUUUAUAAUUCAUUAGGAGUUGUUAAACCAUGUUAAUGUUUCCAAUUAAAACUCAUAGUGCAA